UUACAUAAAAAUCAAUAAAAAUUAAAGUCUAUAGAGUCAUGACAUUAUUUUUUGUGCUAGUUCUUAGCUUUAGCAUAGCAUGCAGCAAUGUUGAUGCAAGAACUAGAAUUCUAUCAAAUGAGACAAGUUAUUUUACUACAUCUGAUACCGUUAUGCAUCAUGUGGACAUUGAUUUUGAUUGUAUUGAUAUCCACAAGCAACCUUCUCUAAAUCAUCCUUUAUUAAAAAAUCACAAAAUCCAGCUUUAUCCAACUUUUACAAAAAACAUUAUGUCAAAAAGGCCAUCUUAUGAUGGUAAAAUCAUUGAAGAAUGUCCAAUAGGAAAAGUUCCGUUUCACAAGAAAACAAAAAGACGUCAAAUUGAAGGUUUUCAGCCAAAUUCACAUGAGUAUCAUUCGAUCAGCCUCGAUACAAACCAAACUAUGACAUUUCAUGGAGGAUGUGCAUACAUUGGUGCAUAUAAUUUAACACUUAAAGGAAAGCAAUAUAGUUUAUCUGGAAUUUGGGUUGAGAGUGGUCCACCAUCUAAUUUGAAUAAAAUAUUUUUUGGCGCUGGGGUUAUGCCAAACUUAUAUGGAGAUAGUCAACUUCACCUAAUAGCACGUUGGACGGCAGGUGGAUCAGGAUGUUACGAUAUUCUUUGUCUUGGAUUCGUGCAAGUCAAAACUCAUUCAUAUCUUGGAAUGAUCCUAUCACCUGUUUCUAGGAUUGGGGUGUUUAGAAAAAUGGUUGUUGUUGCCACAAUCAAACAGGAUAAAGUAACGGGUCAUUGGUGGUUAUGUAUAUACUCAGAGCUAGAAUGUUUUGGAUACUUUCCAAAAGAACUAUUCUCUCACUUAAGUUCGGGAGCAUCUAUCGUUAGAUAUGGCGGUGAAACUUAUACUCCGUCUGGAAUGGUUAGUCCUCCAAUGGGUAGUGGAAGAUUGCCACAAGAAAAAUUCAUAAACUCGGGUUUCAUGGAAAGGGUUGAGAUAAUUAAUUCAGAAUAUAAUCAAAUUGAUAUAAAUCCUAGAACUAUGAAGAUAAACAAAAAUGGUAAUUUAAGUUGUUAUGACUUAUUAUAUCGUGGUUUUGAAGGAGGCUCUGCUCGUCAUGCUUUUCUGUAUGGUGGGCCUGGUGGAAGGUCAUGUUAAUGAUUGUAUCAUAGAAUAAAGUUAUUAAAAGGCUUCAUAAAAUCUUAAUAAAUAAAGUUAAUUAUUUCUCCCUUGUGUUUUA